AUGAUUCAGAAUGCAGGGCAGUUUAGGGGUCUGCAAGGUGAAGAUCCGCAUGCCCACCUGACCAGCUUUGUUGAGAUGUGCGGUAAUUUCUCCCUACCUGGCUUGACCCUGGAGAAUAUUAGGUUAUAUUUGUUCCCUUACACCUUGAGGGAUGAGGCUAAGAAGUGGGCUUAUUCACUAGAGCCCAAUGAAAUCACUUCAUGGGGGCAAUUGGUUGAGCGGAUUCCCGAUUGUGUCUUGAUGGAAACAUUCUACAAUGGCCUGAACAGUGCAACGCAGGCUGUUGUUGAUGCCUCUGCGACAGGAGGUUUUAUGGAUAAGACAUACACGGAGUCCAAAGUCAUCCUUGACCGCAUCUCGCGAAAUAUGGAUGACUGGAUAGAUUACAGAUAUGGAGGCCGAGGUGCCGAGAGAAGAAAAGCUGAAACAGCCAUUGUCCCUGUGGAGACAAUGACUACAUUGGCCGCCCAGAUGGCCACGGUAACUUCAAUCCUCCAAUCAAUGGCCAUUAAUCAAGGAGCCAUUGCUUCACAAUCAGCACAACCUGUUGCACUGGCUCAUGUGGCCGUAAUUGGUUGCGUCAACUGUGGAGGGGCUCAUGGAGCUGAAGGAUGCCCAUUGAAUCUUCAGCAAUCCGGGCUGGAGGAGUCAUCCGAACUUCGGUUGGGGUGGCAAUCCCAACCUAGGGGGACCAAUGAACCAUCAGGGGGCAACAGAGAAAAUCCUCCGUUUCACAACAACAAGGGGCAAUCAAGACCGCAGAACCAGCAACCAUCAUCAUCAUCUAAUGCCUCAGGAGGAUCGUUAGAGGCACUGCUGAAACAGUACAUGGACAAGAAUAAUGCAGUUAUGCAAGCGCAAGCGUCCUCUAUAAGGAAUCUGGAGAUUCAAGUGGGCCAGCUGGCCUCUGAGCUGAGAAGUCAGACACUUGAAACAUUGCCCAGCAAUUCUGAAGCCCCAGGAUCAACAAGGAAAGAGCAAUGUCUGUGA